AUGGGAUCGCCCCAUCCUGUCGGUCUCCUAGCGAUGAUCGUCCUGCUGUGUCACAGCGGCUCUCAAGUUUCCGCUCUUAGAACAAAGGAGGUCGAUCGAGCCGUCAACGGCAUCUCGCAACACCCGGCGUACCAAGGCCUCCACAAAUUCGUCGACGACUAUCUGAAGUCGAAGAUCCCUCUAACGGACAUAACCAUCUUGCUUCCGGCAAAUAUCGCGGCGCUUCAGAGUUACACCAAGGACCAGCAGUCGACGAUUCUCUCUUACAACACCAUCGCCACGCGCUACCUCUUCCGCAACCUCACCGACAUUCCCCCCGGCACCCAGAUCGACACUAUCGAGGGAAACCUUGUCGCGAAGCGCGGUCCCAAGGGCCGGCCAAUCGUCACGUUUCAAGGCGGGUCGAAGCUGCCGACAGCUCUGGUCGUGCCGAACCUGUGGGCCUUCUCCACGCCCGUAGAUGCUCUGGCGGGGCGCUAA